AAGAACAAAUCAGCCAACAUGGCUACGAGUCGGACAGUAGCUUAGUAACAAGAGCCUUCCUGUUGCAGCGAGGAAAGACAGAGGAGCUAGUUUACGGAGGAUUGCUGCCCGGUUUUAGGUGACUGUGCAGCGGUUGAUGGUUCGAUUCCCUCUGUGUGCUCGGGCUUUGAAGCAGCGAGAUGCCGGGGAAAAGCAGCGACAGCUUCAAACCGGGAGACCUGGUGUUCGCCAAGAUGAAGGGCUUCCCUCACUGGCCGGCCAGAAUCUGUAAGUCGGAUGACGGAUACAAGAAGCGAGUCCCGGUCUUCUUCUUCGGGACCCAUCAGAUAGGUCACCUCCCUCCUGAGAACAUCGUCCCCUACGUCGGCAACAAGAUGAAGUACGGCAGCGGCGUUCGCAUCAAAGGCUUCACCGAGGGCAUGUGGGAGAUCCAGAACUCUCCCGGAGUCGGCAGUAAACUCAAAUUUCCUCAGACACCAGCAAAGACCAACACACAGGUGACACCUCCCAAACCCACUUCUUCACCUAAAACUACACCUACUAAACUCACUUCGGCUCCCAAAACAACUAAUGACAAACUUAAAAGCCCCCCCGCAAAAUCAACUCUGAGUAAAACUCCUGCUGCGAAGCCCGACAGUAAACCACCACCACCAGCUGCUGCUGCUGCUGCUGCAAAAACAACAACACGAGCUUCUUUAAGAUCCGCUCCAGACAAAACGACCGAGUCCCGACAGACUCCUGAAACUUCGGCUCCAGACUUGUCAGAGAGGACAGCGACUACAAGAAGCAGAAGGUCGGAGUCGAAGGCGGCGGCAGCGGCGAGUGGUGAUCCACCUGCAGGAGGGAGGAGGAGCAGAAAUACCACCAGCAGCUCUCCUGCAGCGAAUGAAAAGGAGAUAACGGCGAACGCCACAGCAAGUGAAACCUCAGCUGAAACAACGUCAGGCAAAGUGACCGAGGCCGAGAAAGCUGAACCCGACUGUGCAGAAGCUGCUGCUACAAGUCCAGCCGCCACCCGCAGCAGGACAGCCGAGUCCAAGGUCGUUGCUGAGCAGCACAACAAGAGGACGUCUGCUAGUCCUGCUGUGACGACUCCAGCCAGUAAGAAAGUGAAGACCACAGAACAAACGUCCAGGAACAACAGAUCACAGAGAGACCGGACAGAUGAGAAGGAAGAGAAGACGUCACAGAGUCAGGGAGUCAAGAGGAAGACAGAAGAGAGAGAGGAAGAGGAGAAAACAGAAGAGAGGAAGUCAUCCGCGAGCCAAGGAGUGAAAAGAAAGAUAGAGGAAGAGGAGAGAGUGGAGGAGAAGAAGAAAACCAAACAGGAUGAAGGUGUGGAAGGAAAUCCAGACGUGAUGACGAAAGAGAAAACAGAAGAGAAGAAGUCAGCGGAGGGGAUGAAGACGAGGAGAGCCGAGAAAGAGGAUCAGAAGGAGGAGAGGAAAACACAGGAUGAAAAGGACGUGAAGAAAGAGGAGAGGACCAGGAGAGAGACGAGGUCCGAGAGCGAAAGACAGGGAGAGCGGAAAACAGAUGAUGGAGAAGGAGAGAAAGAAGAGAUGAAGGAGGCUCAAGGGAGGAAGAGGAAAAGAGAGAAGAAGGUGCAGAAGAAAAUAAAGGUGUGGGUGAAGAUCGGAAGUGAGGGAGGGAAGAAAGAACAGAUGAAGAAUAAGAGGACAGAGGAAAAAACGAGAGAAGGGACGAAGACGAGGAGAGCGGAGAAGAAGGAGAAGAAAACAAAGGACGAAGGAGAGGAGGGAAAGAAAGAAGACACGACAAGAAGAGAGGAGAAGGAAGGAACGAAGAGGAGGAGAGAGGAGAGGGAGGUGCAGAAGAAAACAAAACAGGAUGAAGGUGGGGAAGGGAAGAAUGAGACGAGGAAGACGACAGAGGAGGAGAAGUCGGAGAAAGAGGGGACGAAGACGAGGAGAGCAGAGAAAGAGGAACAGAAGAAGAAAACAAAGGAUGAAGGGGAGGAGGGAAAGAAAGAGGAGGAGGAGGAAGGAGAAAAGAAGAAAGGAGGAAGUUCUGUGGACGAGGAGCGACAGCGCCGCCUAGCGGCCAAGAGGGAGAGUCUGUUGAAAUCUCUGAGAGGUCUGCUGAAGGCCGGGAGAGGAGCGAAGAGCUCUCAGAAAUCAGGGGACGGAGCAAAGAAGAAGAUCGAGAUCAAAAAGACGACGAGUCAGAAAACACCAGACAAGAGGAGCCUGAAAAAAUCAACCGUCGGCAAGAAAGUCGUUGGAAAGACGGUGAUGGAGAAGAAGAAGAAGAAGAUGGUGAAAAAAACGACAGAGGUCAGACUGAAAGAAGAAAAGGACGAGACAAAGACGCCAAAAGGCCGAAAGACUACAGCAGAGAAGAGCGACAAGACCAGGAGUAAAACAGAGGAAGUGAAGGCUAGGGAAAAGGAUAUCGGGCAGAAGAAGGACGACAAAACAAAGACGGAGGAAAAGAAAAAUGAGGGAGUGAAGGAGAAAAAAGGAGAGGACAAGAAGGGCGAUGAAACAAAGCAGCAGAAAGACGAAGAAAAGAAGGACGAGAGGAAAAUAAUCGGAAAGAUCGUGAAAGCAACGGCCAGACAGGGGACGAAGGUUCAGGUGAAGACGAUGAUGGGAGGAACGACGGCGGCAGCAGCGACAGUGGAGGAGGAGCAGAAGAAGAAGGAGGAGAAGAUGGACUGCAAAAAGGUAGAAGAGAAGAAAAAGAUGGAGAAAGAGAAGAAGUCUGACGAUAAAAAGAUGGAAAAAAGCACCGAGGUAGAGAGGAAGUCUGAAAGAACAAGAGCGGCGACGGAGGACAAAAAAGACAAGGACGUAACAGAGGUAGAGAAUAAGAAGAAGGGCAAGGAGGAAGAGGAGAAAUGCAAGAAGAGCAGUGAAGAGGAGAAGAAGAACGAGGAUGAACAAAAAGCUCAGAAGGCGUCUUCAACAUCACAGGAGAAGAAGAACGAAGCAGAAAAGAAGAAGAAAGAGGUGAAGAGCGAAAAACCUGACGAGGAGUCGCAGGAGAAGAAAGACGACAAACCUGCGGCGGAUCAAAAAAACAAAACGGAUGAGACAAAAACGAGGAAGAAUAGCGUGGAGGAGAAGAAGGACGACAAAGAGACGACAGACGGAGCGGAGACGUCGGCGGAAACGCCGGCAGAGACGCGGCAGGCCGAGUCCAAACCGGACAAAGAGGCAAAACCAGAGACGACGAGUGCAGAAGAAGAAAGCAAACCAAAGAGCGAUUCGUCAGACGGAGAGAAGGUGGAGGGGGAGGAGCAGCAGAAGAAGAGCUCGACCAUGACGCUGACGGACUCGACUCUGCACAGAAUCCACGGAGACAUCCGGAUCUCUCUCAAGUCCGACAACCCGGACGUCAGUAAGUGUCUGGCGGCGUUGGAUCAGCUCAGUAUGGUUUACGUGACGUCCCAACACGUACAGAGACACAGCGAGCUCGUCGCCACCCUGAGGAAGAUGCGGUCCUACAGAGCGAACCAGGCCAUCAUGGACAAGGCCUCCAUGCUGUACAACCGCUUCAAAAACGCCUUCCUGGUGGGGGAGGGGGAGGAGGUGGUGAGCGCCGCCUUCCUGCGCUCGCUGCUGGAGGAGAAGGAGCGGGAGGAGGCCCAGAGGGCGGAGCUCUGCAGGGAGAAGGUGAGGAGGGAGGAGGUGCUGCAGGAGGUGAAGAGACGCAUGGGGCAGGUGAAGGAGAAGAGGAGGAGCGACGGAGGAGGGGAGGAAGAGGAGAAGACAGAGGGGGGGGUGCAGAAAGAGGAAGAUCAAACAGAAGCUCCAGUGGACUCUUCCUGAAGAAGCCUGGACUGAACCAACUCCCUGCUGAGGGGUGUGGACCUGAAACAAUCCCCCUACAUGCACAAUGAGAAUAUCCACAACCAUUUACCUCAUCACACACACACACACACACACACACACACACACACACACACACACACACACACACCAGUUUAUCACUCGUACAGCUGCUGUUUGUUUCCUGUUGUGUCAGCAGGAGUUAACCAUGUUUGGGAGGUCUGUCACACCUGAGCAGGUAUACUUUGUUUACCUGUUGUUGGUGUAGCUCAUCCUGACGUAUAAACUCCUGCUAACGUUGCUGCAUUAGCACAAUUCAGAUUAUUUUUAAUUGGUUUUAUACUGACUGAAAGUGACUCAUAUUUACCAGGACACUGUUUAUCUCCUUCCACUAACACACUUUUUAUUUAUUUUAGUUUUCCGUCAUGACAUCAGCCACAUGAGCAUUACAUACAUUAACAUUAACAUUGUCCUUAACCUUUACCUGUCUUCUUAAAAUAACCUAAUCUGAGACCUUAAUUAUCUCUUGUGUGAAAUGUUAAAACUCUUUUCUUUCUGCUUUUUGGAUGUACCUGUACUGUACCUUUAAUCCCUCGACAUAACCAUAAUCUACCUCUGUUGAAUAUAAUCUGUUAUGAGGAGAAGGUUUGUGUUCUUCAGUUUGUUUUUAUUUUCUAAAUUUUGCAGUGUAGUAAGACUUUGUAAAUUCACAUUGUUGCUAACGCUCUUUAAUCGUCUGCCUAGAAGCAUGAGUAUAAUUAAAGUUGAAAAUCUGCAGCGUGUUCGUCCUGUUCAGGGAGGAUAGGAGACGACGGGGCUGAUGGGAAAUGUGGUUUAAUUUGGAAUGUGCAUUAUUUUAAUUCAGUGUCAUAUUGGUGUUAAAACGACACUCGCAGCAGCUUUAAACUCUGUUACAGCAUUAACAUUCACACUGGCGCUGCUGGGGACGACCCGGUGCCUUGCUCAAGGAACCACAGCAGUAGAUGAACGGUCAGAGCUGCUCAGUGUUUUUUCUUUGUACAGUAAGAUAUUUUAUUCUGUAUUUUAUUGUGACAGUGAGAUGUGUCUAUUCUUUUAAAUUUUGCAGUUACAGUUUUUUUUUUGUUUUUUUUAGAUGCUGUUACUGACUCUUGUGUAAAUAUGUAAUUUUUACUUAGAUUUUUAAAACACCGUUGUACAAAGUGGAAAUGGCGUCUCGAGUCGGAUUAUUUCACUCAUUAAAGAGUUUAUUCAAUAUUGA